UUAUUUUGUAAUAGAUACCUAUAAGACGUUCAUAGUCCAGUGUUAACGUAUUCUUUCAUUGUCAUAUUUUUACUAUUUCUUCAUCGUAGUAUUGUAAAUCUUAAACAGUAGUUUAUAUUAUGCACACAGUGACGAGGUGUUAGGCCAUAUUAUUUUUAUAUUAGUUACCACCUAUACGUUCGCGUGUUCGUUUGGUUUUUGAUCACACGUAUAUAAAACGGCAGUAUGAUUUAUCGUGAGUGCGCUAUACUUAUUUCUAUCUUAAAAUCAAUUCGUUUGAAUCAAACGUUUAAAUUUAUAUAACGGUUAAUUGUUUUGUUACUUUUUUUUAUAUGCGUAUCAAGAAAUUAAAACAUCUCAUAUUUUACAUAAAUCAUGUUCCGUUUCGCGAGUUGCGUGAUUGUGUUAAUUAGUGUGGUGACCUAUGCCAAAGUGUUUGCCACGAAGCAAAAUCCUCCUCAUAUUGUUUUCGUGUUGGCCGAUGACUUAGGUUGGAACGAUGUCAGCUUUCAUGGAUCAAACCAAAUAAUCACUCCCAACAUCGAUGCAUUGGCAUAUGAUGGAAUAAUAUUAAACAAUCAUUACAGCGAAUCUUUGUGUACACCGUCCAGGUCAGCAUUACUGACCGGAAAAUAUCCUAUUCACACUGGGACUCAACAUAAUGUGAUAUUAGAACCUGAACCUUGGGGAUUACCAUUGAAUGAGAUAUUGCUGCCUGAACGUUUAAAUGAAUUAGGUUAUACAUCUCAUGCCGUAGGUAAAUGGCAUUUAGGUUAUUUCAAGAAAGCUUACACACCUACAUAUCGGGGUUUCAAAAGCUUUUAUGGUUUCUGGAAUGGAUAUCAAGAUUAUUAUACACAUAUGGUCCAAGCAACUUUUGCUUCUUUUGAAGGGUUUGAUAUGAGGCGUGAUUUAAAUCCAGAUUGGUCAAGUGUUGGGAAAUAUUCAACACAUUUAUUCACCAAGGAAGCCACUGAUAUUAUAUCGAAUCAUAAUAAUUCUGUGCCCUUGUUUUUGUACCUCGCCCAUUUAGCUCCUCACGCUGGUACUUAUGAAAAUCCAUUACAAGCACCUCAAGAAGAUAUAAAUAAGUUUCAAUCAAUCAAAGAUAAGAACCGCCGUAAAUAUGCUGGAAUGAUAACAAAUCUUGAUGAUUCAGUAGCUGAAGUAUUUAAUGCAUUACAUAAAAACAACAUGCUUGAUAAUACAAUAUUCGUAUUUGUUUCGGACAACGGUGCUCCGACUAAUGGUAUUCACAGAAAUCAUGGUUCCAAUUGGCCGUUGAAAGGAGAAAAAGCUACACCCUGGGAAGGUGGUAUUCGAACUGCAGCAUUCGUUUGGAGUAAGUUGUUAAUUAAAAGGAAAACACUUCCAAAUCAACUAAUGCAUAUUUCUGAUUGGUUACCAACAUUAUACGAGGCAGCAGGUGGAAAUAUUAAAGAUCUUGGAACUAUUGAUGGUAUUAGUAUGUGGGAAUCAUUUAUAAAUAAUAAAAAAUCUCCUAGAAAACAAGUAUUACAUAACAUUGAUGACAUAACUGGUUACGCAGCGAUCAGAGAUGCUAACUUCAAAUACAUAAAAGGAAGUACAUUUUUGGGUUAUCUUGAUUAUUGGUCUGGAUCGUUGUCUCCAAGUGCGCACCAAUAUAAUGUUGAUGCUGUAUUAAACAGCACUACAGCCAGCAUACUGUCAGACAUUAACGGGGAUCGCUUAACGUCGUCGCUGAUUGCGUCUCUCCGCAACAGUUCGACAAUACGGUGUGAUUUCGAGAAAGACAUGAAUCCGUGCAAGCCGUUCACCAAACCAUGUUUAUUUCACAUUGUUAAAGAUCCAUGUGAACAGGUCAAUUUGAAUUAUAAACCUAACAGCAAAAUGAGAAAAUUUGUACAGGCUAAAAUUGACUAUUUCGAGACUUCUUUGAAAAAAUUCAGAGAAUCUGCGUCCAAGCCCAUGAACGUCAGAGGUACCAAAGAUGCAAAUCCUGCUUUGUACAACAACACGUGGGUGAACUGGGAAGAUCAUCAAAAAAAUAUUUGAAUAAUGGAAUACCUAGUGGAUACACGAGUUUAAAUAAUUAAGUUUUAAUUUAAAAUUGAAAGAU